AGGCAAAUGCCAUUCGAUAGGCCUGGACUUUCGAAGGCCGAUGCAGUGGGUGUUUGCUGCUUACAUGUGAAAAUGCCACUCCUCAUCCCUGCACUUCCAUAUCAGAUCUGUCGUCUACCUACGGCCACUAAGUUAAACUAUGUGUUGGACAUGGGCGUAUGUCAUUUGUCAUCUAUCUUCCGUCUUUGCGAUGUGCAAGAGUCAUGCAUGUACAGGUGUCCUUAGUAGCUUGCGCUUUUCCUUUCUACCUUGAACCGCCAUCACCCCGUCGCCGACAGCGGUUCAUGCCCUGCCCCUCCAGACUCUCUCGUUCUAAUGACAAAGGCUUCAUAUUGCGAAGGCGGCAUUCAAUGACUUUCCAAGACGACAUUGGACUUUCUCGUGUCCUCUUCCCAGCAAACCAAUGUUUGUCAGCCCUGGUUGCCUUCUUUGCCUCGUCGCCACAGUAUGCCUCUUUGCGCGAAAUACCACGUCGAGGCUGAACGCAUGCACGCCAAGCAGAGGUCCUUCAAGCAGGACGAACCAACGGGGCGUCACGCCCUGGGAAUGAUGGGAGAGGUAUAUGGCCGCUUCAUUCCUCAAAAAUGUAGUCUGUUUUCUCUCUCUUGC